AUGCUGCGGCUCGCGGCAAUUUUAAACACGUCCAAGCAGCACGGGUGGCGCUUCGAGAAGCUCAGACCGAUUUUCAAGAAGUGGGUCCGCAUCAACCACCCUCCACAAGUGAGGUCGCCUCUCGUGAAGCUCGACCCCGAGAGCAACAAGCUGCUCUACGUUUGCAACGGGAGGAUAUCACCCAGGUACUGCGCCAAGUUCGAAAAGUCCGCCAAGCACUUCAUCAAGAAGGGCGACGUCGUCGAGACCCCCGUUUUGGCGGUGGUGAAGGGCGGUUCGCACGUCUUGCUGGAGACGCUCAGCAUGGACGACGUCGAGCAGUUUGAGAAGCUGGUGCCGGAGAUCAGAAAGGCCUUUGAAGGUGGGUGCUGCAAGUCUGUUUUUACGCGUUCUAUGACCGUUUGCUGGUGA